CUACACCUGAGUGCGGGGAGCUGAGUGAGGCCCUUUUUGGCAAUUUUGGUAUGUUUUGCUGUGGGGAAUUAUUCCAGUGUGGUUUGCCUCUUGGGGAGUUCUUCGGAAGUUAAAAAGUAAAAGAAAGAUGAUGAUUUCAGACCUGCUCUUGGCCACAGAAAGGCUCAAAAGUGAGAAGAAGUUCCUGAGCAAUAUGAUCAUCAAACUUGUUGGGGAAAACCAACAGCUCUUACGACAAAACAAGCAUUUUAGAGAAGAAAUCAGGAGCCUGCACUACCCACAGAGAUGUGUAAGAAGAAUUUUGCAGGAUAUGGAGAUAGAAGAUGGGAUCAAGGAGCCAAAGGAAAUAAAGCCUCAGCAGGAAAAGCCGCACACUCUUCGAUUGUAUGACAGUCAGCUUCUCAGGCGUCAAGAACGUCAAAGGACAAAUAUGGUACAACACGGAGUGGCCUGCUGUCAUUCUGCUCUGAUCUCUGAUUCUGUCAGGUGUCCCUAUCUUCUAAGCCACAUGAUGCCUGGACCAUGCUUGCAACAUGAAUUAUCAAGAACUGCCAAGGCACACCUGCAGUGCUGGGAAAGGAAAAUGGAAGAACAAAAAGGAGGAUUUUUGAAGGAACAACUACAGAUUCUUGAAACAAGAACAGCUUUGAUAGAACAAGGGAAAAAUAUUGAGAGCCUUCAGAUGAAAAUAAACCAACUGCAAGAGGAGAUCAAAAAUUCUGAGCUAGAGGCUACAACAUUGCAGCCAGGAAUGAAAAGAAAGGAGGUUAAACAAAAGAACCUAAAGAAGCUAAAGGACAUCAGACAAUCCUCCAGGCAGGCAGAGGACCUGAGAAAGGACUAUUGUGGACCAUGGGUGUAUGAAGUAGACAUGGAUCACUUAGGAUCACAAAUGAACAGAGAGGGGAAAAGAAGCUAUAUAUGUGUAUGGCAAACAACUGCAGAUGUUAGGUCUGAAGUGUCAGAGAUUGUAAAGCAAAAACCUGAAGUGGUCAGAGAAAGUCACAAGCAGGAGAGCCUUGAAGUGCCUCAGCUGUCCAGAAAUAACCUAAACAAUGGAUGGCUUCAAGCAUCCAUAGAGAACCUCAAAAGGACAGGUUCUGAAGCAUCUGCGGAGAAUAUGCUAGGAUGGCUACAAACUUCUAUACAAAUCCUCAGAGAUGGAGGCCUGCAGGCAUCUCAACAGAGCCUGCAAGAAUGGCUUGAAAAAUCCCUUAAAAACCUUAAACAGCAAUGUCCCGAAGCAUCCAGGCAGGAUGUGAAAGAAUGGCUUCAAGUAUCCAUAAGUAAUCUCCAAGAGGAAGGUCCUGAUACAUCCAGAUUAACAGUGCAGGAAUGGCUUGAAGCGUCCAUGGGAGGCAUCCAGAGCCUCAAACAUGGAAGUUUUGAAGCAUCAAAAUGGUCUAAACCACCUAGGAGCCACCUCCUAGAGGAAGAUCACGAACCAUGGAAACAGACAGUGCAGUUCUCUAAAGCACCCAUGAGGGAAAGUCAUGAAGCAUCAGAAGAGGCUGUGCAGGAAUUGUCUAAAGCACCCAUGAGAAGCCUCCGAGAGGAGGGCCGUGAACUAUCAAAACAGACUGUGAAGGAGUUCUCUAAACCACCCACGAGAAGCCUCCCAGGGGAAGGCCAUGAAGCAUUGGAAGAAACUGAACAGGAGUCAUUUAAAGCACCCGUGAGACGUCUCCCAGGAGAGUAUUAUGAAGCACUGGAAGAGACUGAACAGGAAUUGUCUAAAGUACCCGUGAGAAGCCUCCCAGGGAAUGGUCGUGAAGCACUGGAAGAGACAGGACAGAUGUUUCCUAUAGCACCAGUGAGAAGCUUGCCAAAGGAAAGACAUGAACCAUUGAAAAAGACUGCACAGUUGUCUAAAGCACCCAUGAAAAGUCUCCAAGGGGAAGAUCAUGAAACAUCAGAAGAGAUUGUGCAGGAAUUAUCUAAAACAAUUCCUCACAGGAGGAGGAGCCUCAUAGAGGAAGGUCAUGAACCAUUGAAACAGACUGUUCAGGAUUUGUCUAAAGCACCCAUUAAAAGACUCCCAGUGGAAGGUCAUGAAGCAUCAGAAGAGACUGUGCAGGAGUUGGCUAAAGCACCAGUAAGAAGCCUGCUAGAGGAAGGUCACAAACCACUGAAACAGACUAUGCAGGAGUUGUCUAAAACACCCGUGAGAAGUCUCCCAGGAGAAGGUCAAGAAGCAUCAGAGGAGACUGUGCAGGAGUUGUCUAAAACACCCAUGAGAAGCCUCCGAGGGGAAGGUCAUGAAGCAUUGAAACAAACUGUGCAGGAAUUUUCUAAACUCCCCAUGAGAAGCUUCCCAGAGGAAGGCCGUGAACCAUUGAAACAAACUGUGCAAGAAUUUUCUGAAGCACCUAUGAGAAGGCUCUUAGUAGAAGGUGGCAAAUCAUUGAAACAGACUGUUCAGGAAUUGCCUGAAGCACCCUUGGAGAGUCUCUUAGAAGAAGGUCAUAAAACAUUGAAGCAGACUGUGCAGGAAGUGUCUAAAUCACCUGUAAGAAGCCACCUAGUGGAAGGUCGUGAACCCAUGAAGCAGACUACACAGGAAUUGUCUGAAGCAAUCGUGGGAAGCCUUCUAGAGGAAGAUCAGAAAACAAUGAAAAAGACUGCACGGGAAGUGUCUAAACCACCUAUGAGAGAGGUGGUUGCCCUAGGGGAGGGUCAUGAAGCAGUUAGAGAGAAUAUGCAAGAAUGGCUUAAAACAUCCAUGAAACACUUCACAGAAGGAGGUCCCGAACUAUCCAAACAGACUAUUCAGGAAUUGGUUGAAAAAUCUCUACAACACCUCACAGAGGAAUAUCCUGAACUAUCCAGAGAGGAUGCGAAGGAAUGGCUUGAAGAAUCUGUCAAGAGGCUCCAAGAGACAGGCCUUGAUCCAUCCCAACUAAAUGUUCAGGAAUGGCGUGAAGCAUCUAUGAAAGACAUCCAAAAGAAAAGCCCUGUAGUACUGAAACAAAUGGUGCAGGGAUUGUCUAAAUCACCCAUGAGAAGCCUCCUAGAGGAAGGUCACAAAGCAUCAAAACAGACUGUACAGGAAUUAUCUGAACCACCCAUAAGAAGCCUUCAAGGGAAAGAUCGUGGAGCACUGAAACAGACUGUGUGGGAAGUGACUAAAGCACCCAUGAAAAAACUCCAAGGGGGCGGUCAUGAAGCUGCUAGAGAGAACAUGCAAGAAUGGCUUGAAGCAUCCAUGAAACACUUCACAGAAGAAGGCCCUGAACUAUCCAAACAGACUGUUCAUGAAUUGGUUGAAAAAUCUCUACAACACUUCACAGAGGAAUAUCCUGAACUAUCCAGAGAGGAUGCGAAGGAAUGGCUUGAAGAAUCUGUCAAGAGGCUCCAAGAGACAGGCCUUGAUGCAUCCCAACCAAAAGUGCAGGAAUGGCUUACAACAACUGCGACAAACUUCCAAGGGAAAGGUCCUGAAGCAUCUAGACAGAAGGGGCAGCAACAGCUUAAAGUACCUACAAAAAAACAAAUAAAAGAAAGUCUUGGAACACCCAGUGUGGGGAAAAGACUUCAAGCAGCCGCCAAAAACCUCCUAGAUGAAGGUGCUGACGCAUCCAGUCAGAAUGCACAGGAAUUGCUUGAAACCCUCAAAGAGGAAUAUUCUCAUGCAUCCAGAGAGGAUGCGAAGGAGUGGCUUGAAGCAGCCAUAAAGGGCCUCCAAGAGGGAGAUCCUGAAGCAUUCAGAGAGAACCUGCAGGAUUUCCUGAAAUCACCUGUUAUGAACCUCCAAGAGGAAGGUCCUGAAUCACCUCUACAGAACGUGCAGGAAUGGCUUGAAGAAUCCAUUAAAAGUGUCCGUAUGGGAGCAUCCAGACUGAAUGUGCAAAAAUGGCUUGAAACAUCCAUGAAAAAUCUCCAAGACUCAGGUAUUGAUCUAUCCAAACAGAAUGUGCAGGAAUGGCUUGAAGCAUCCAUGAGAAGCUUCCAUGAGUCUGAAGCAGCCAGACAAGAUGUGAAUGGGUGGCUUGAGACAUCCAUGGCAAGUCUCCACGCGCAAGAACCUGAAGCAACCAGAGUAAAUUUGCAGGAAUGGCUUGACGCCUCUAUAAAUAACCUGAAGGCGGUAGGUCCUGACCAACCCAUAUCCAAUGUGCAGGGAUGGCUUCGAGAUUCAAUAGAGAAUCUCAAAGAGGAAGCACACAGACUAAAUGUGCAAGAAUGGCUUGCAGAAUCCCUCGCAAGCAUUCGGGAGUUCCCUGAAAUGGCCAGACAGGAUGUGAAGGAAUGGCUUGAGGAUUCCCUAAUGAACCUCAAUGAGAUAUGUCCUGAAGCAUCUAGACAGGAUGUGAAAAUGUGGCUUAAAGAAUCCCUAAGGAAUCUCCACAAGGCAGGCCCUGAAGCAACCCGUCAGAACCUGCAGGAAUUUCUGCAAACAUCCAUUAUGAACCUUGGAGAGAAAAGUCUUGCAGCAUCCAGAGAGAGCCAAAUGGGUUGGCUUAAAUUCCCCAAAUGGACCACUGGAAGCAAAGAUUCCAUAGGCCAACUAAAACGUUCAUUAUCCAGACGAGACUUAUUCCAUCUUAGACACAGUCUCUCCAGAAUAAGCCGAAAGCCGGAGGAUUCCAAGACCAGACUUGACCACACUGUUCAUGAGGUGCCUAAAGGAAUUGUAUGUCAAGAAAAACAGCUAAGUAAAGGUGUCAAAGCAGCUAUCAAGAAUUUUUUUACUGACCAGUUCGCCAUCAUCUUCUGGUAUGGGAAACACCCAGUUCAGUUUUUCAGGAGAUUCCUGAGCAGCAUCAUUCCCAUAGCACUGUUUGUGCUUCUCUAUAAAUACUAUGUACAGUACUGCUUUGUUGAGCGCGGCCUUAAGCCUCACUAAGUGUAACAGGAGAGAAGGACUCAAGACUGCAUGGUGAUA